CCCCCCUUUUUUCUCUUCGAUCGUUUUCUAGGGUUCCCUUUAGAGCUCCUCGUCGACGUCGCCUUCAGCCGCCGCGACGUGGGUUUCCUCGCUUCCGUCAUGGACGCCCAGAGAGCUCUCCUUGACGAACUCAUGGGUGCAGCACGAAAUCUCACGGAGGAACAGAAGAAGCGGUACAAGGAGAUCCGGUGGGACGACAAGGAGGUCUGUGGCGCGUAUAUGGUUCGGUUCUGCCCGCACGAUCUCUUUGUGAACACGAAGAGUGAUCUUGGAGCUUGCCCUAAAAUCCAUGACCCGAAACUAAAAGAAAGUUUUGAGAAGUCUCCUAGGCAUGAUGCUUAUGUUCCCAGGUUUGAAGCAGAGCUUGCACAGUUCUGUGAGAAGCUGGUGAUGGAUUUGGAUAGAAAAGUUAAGCGUGGUCGUGAUCGGUUGGCACAAGAAGUUGACGCAACACCUGCUCCAGUCCCUGCCGAAAAAUCAGAACAACUCUCUGUGUUGGAAGAAAAAAUAAAGAAACUUCUAGAACAAAUUGAGACACUUGGUGAAUCAGGGAAGGUAGAUGAAGCUGAGGCACUCAUGAGAAAGGUGGAUAUGCUGAAUGCCGAGAAGACAGCCCUGACCCAACAAUCAGCAAAUGAUAAGGCUAUGAUGCUUCCACAAGAGAAGAAGAUGGCACUAUGUGAGAUCUGUGGUUCAUUUCUGGUGGCGAAUGAUGCUGUUGAGAGGACACAAACUCAUGUAAGUGGGAAGCAGCAUAUUGGCUACGGCAUGGUCCGAGAUUAUCUUAGUGAGUUCAAGGCUGUGAAAGAAAAGGCAAAGGAAGAAGAAAGACUAGCUAGGGAGAAGGAAACAGAUGAGCGGAAGAAAGUGAAGGAUAAAGAUCAUGAGAAUAGGGUUAGAGAGCGUGAUCUGGUUGGAAGAGAGAGGUCUAGGGAGCGGGAACGUGAACGUGAUAGGUAUAAAGACCGGAGCUCCGAGAGAGAGAGAUCAAGGGAUUGGAGUGGAAGAGGAAGCAGGGAUGGAGGAAGAGGAUUGGAUCGUAGGCAUGACUAUCACAGGAAUGGGAGGGAAUCAGACAGGGACAGGUUCCGAGACAGGUCUGGAGCACGAAGCAGAUCCAGAUCUCCUGCCAGGCAUGGUUAUAGAAGAUCAAGAAGUCCAGUUCGACAAUACUAGCUGUUAGUAUAAAUAGUUUGUCAAAAAGUACUGAGAUCCAAGAGCUCUGUUGAAGUCAUGUGGUCAUCCAAUUAAAAGAAAAACAUUGAGGUAGGUAUUACUGAUCCCUCCUUUUUCUUAUAAAGUCAUUUUGAGCUGCAACUAUUAUAUCUUUCAUUUGUAUCUAUGGGCUCUUUCACAGAGUGUCAGAUUUUUUUUGUUUAGCAUUUUUUUUCAAUCAUAAUUAAGAUGACAGAUCCAAAAUGAUGACAUGAAUGGUGUGGCAAUGAAGAUGAUGAUUAGUAAUCAACCUAUAGAGGUAACACAUCAAUUCUAACUUCUUUUUUGGUACAGCUGUGCCUCUUAUAAAAUUCAAAAUUGUGGAGAUAUUAGGCCAUUGUAUUAGUUGUUUUAUCGUAGUUUGUAGAUAUUCACGUAUUAUUAAUGCUUGUAAAUGUUUGAUGCACUGCCCUAUGCAAACUCUUCAUAUUAUAGAUGCAGAGAGACUAAGUUUGAUUCCCUCUCUCUCUCUCUCUCCUCCCUGUCUUGUUCUUUCAAAAUGGCUUUGGUUCUUUUGAGCUGUAAAUAUUUUAUUAACUUUUGUAGUUUUGUAUUAGUUUGCUGGACCUACGAAGUUAAAAUGAAAAAAAAAGAAAAGAAAACAGCCUGUUUUCUGAUCAUUGUCUUACCUUCACACCUAGGAAUCUUGCCUUCUGCUUCUUUGUUGUUUUUCAUCUCAAACAGGAUUGGCCAUUGCUUUCUGGGAUACUUGUGAUGAUUGCUUGAUUCCCAUGCUUCCUGAAUAUGUUGUCUGCAACAAGAUCUUACUUGUACAUAAUGUGUUUUCUGUGAUGAUCUUACUUGUUUGGGAACGUUUGAUAACCCAUCUUGCUCAUUGAAUUAAUGCAAUGUAGCAAUGAUUUCCAGUGAAAGUGUAGCUAAGGUGAAGUCUUACUUGUUUGCUCAUUGCCUUUGGAACUUUUCGUGCUGCCAAGGAUGGUCAUAAUGGUGCGAAGUUAUAAAUAGUUGACUAAUGUUUGCUCACUAGCCUUUAUUUUUUGUACCAGUGCUGUUGAAUGUUCUUCGAGGCGGGAUUCCUCCACACAUUCUCAAUUCACCGUUCGUGUGUUCGCAAUGUUAUAUCUGUCUGCUCUAGAAUUUGGUUUCGUUGAACAUUUUGCUCUUGUAACUUGCUGCUAUUUGAGUUACGAGAACAUGAUAGAGCAUAAUGAAAUUAUGUGCGAAUUUUAAGGGUACGUUGGGGAGAUUUGUUGUCGCCCCUACUUAGGAAUCAUCGCCUGGGUGGGACUUUUCACUGAUAAUCUAUAAUCUCGGUCGAUGUUUCUGUACGUUUUGAACGACUUACACAUGUACUGGAUCAAAGAGAUAAAAUUGAGCUUUAUUUGUGAUA